CUCGCCGGAUACAUCACCUGUUUUUCCGGAAGAAUGAAUGAAGUCAUACAUUUUCAUGGGAAAAUGUAAGGAUGUAUGAGAAGUUCUCACUUUUAAAUUUAAUUACGCUGUUUUAAUUUUUCGUACAGACAUAUAUAUACACACACACGUGUAAUCUCAUGGUAAUGUGGAAGAAAAUUAUCUAUCAAUUGACAUAUACAGGAUUAACCUUAAUUUUUAUCUGUAAAAGAGUGCAGAAUUGUAAUUCAGGUUGUCCACCGAUUACAGUCAAGGAUGGCAUUUUUAACGUAGCCGAAAAUAAAUACAAAUGCUCUUAUGGAAAUUAUUACUUAUUUGGAAAUGAAACGUUAAUAUGCCAAGAGGAUGGAAGUUGGAAAGGUGAAGUGCCGUAUUGUGCUAACUCAAUUUAUGCGGAGAUAUGGAAAGAUGGUCAUAAUACAACGGAAAAUUUAAACGAAAAUAAUUGCAUAGGAGCUGGCACGGAUGGACCUUGGGAGAUUAAAUUAUUCGAAAAAUCUUUUUCCGCUAUUAGAAUAAAGUUUAAAGCAUACGGCAACGAUACAGGAUGUCCUAUCGUGUCUCUAAUUGUUAACAACAAUAGAUAUGAAGAACGACAUAAGACUAGUUGUGAUCGUAAUGUUACGCAAUUUACAUACGAAUUUAAAAACGACAUGACAGGAAAUAUUAAAUUUAACCUAAAGCAAUGUUCGUGGCACGAAUUUCAAGUAUGUGGAAUCCAUAUUUAUUCAAAGUCAAAAGAAAAAUGUUCCAUUGCAUCAAUAAAUCUACCAAAUGGAUAUAUUUCUCCUUCAAAUGUUAACUCGUUAAACUAUGGAGAAUACGUGUCAUUUAACUGCAAUGAGGGUUUUCAACUGAAUGGAUAUCGAUAUCUUUAUUGUGGAGUGACAGAUAUAUCGACUCAAAUACCUCAAUGUCAACGGAUCCAAUGCAAAAAUUCUCCGAUGAAUAUAUUAAAUGGUAUGUGGGAAAAUUGGAAUGGCACUAAACGUUACUUUUAUGAACACGAAAUUCGUCUUAUUUGUCAUCCUGGUUAUAAAUUAAGUGCCACAGGAAAUAUUAAAUGUCUUAAGAACGGAGAAUGGUCCCAUACUCAUGCAGCUUGUAUAGAGAAGAAAUUUCCAAUAUAUUUAAGUAAGUAAAUAAUAACAGAAUAAAAUUUUAAAUAUCGGAAUAAAUAGAUUUAUAUACAGUAUCUUGUAUAUUAAACUUUCACAAAGAGAUUCGAUAUAAGAAUUCUCCCAUCGCUAUAUUAAAUGGAAUAUGGAAAAAUUGGAAUCAAAGUAAGAAUUACUCCUACGAAGAUGAACUUCAUCUCACUUGCGAUGAUGGUUAUAAAUUAAAUGCCACGGGAACUAUUAAAUGUCUUGAGAAUGGAGAAUGGUCUCACACUACUUCUAUAUUCUUGAGUAUUUGAAAAUUUCUGAAAUUUUAUUUCUUAACUAGCUGCAAGGACCCACUUCGCUGGGUUUUUAUUCGUUCGU